UCUGCAAUUUACUCCGCCGAGGUCGACCCCAGCAGCUUCCGCCCGAUCUCCCCGUCCUUCUCCUGCGUCCUGGCAGACGUCGACAAGCACCUGCAGCGCAUGGUCCUCCUCCUCCCAGCCUUCUCCACCGCCACCGCCGCCGCUCCGCGUGCGGACGCGCUGCGUCAAUGGCUUGCCGGCUUUGACGUCGGCUGGUUGCUGGACAUGGACGACCGCCGAAGCCUCCCGCGGCGGGAGGUCGGGAGGAGGGUCAGGGCGUGGGCGCAGACGCUCGGCACCAUGGAACGCGUUUUCCGCCACCGGCACCGGGAAGUCCGCAACCCGGUCAACGACGCAGCGGCGGCGGAGCUGGCGGCGCUGGGGCAGCUCGCGGCUGCGAGCGCCGGCGCGAUGCUGAGGCUGGCCGGCUCCGUGGCCACGCUUGGGAGCUCCCCGUCGAAGCUGCUGGCGGCGCUCGACGUGCACUCCCCGGUCUCGGAGGCCUACCCCGGCCUCACCAGGAUGUUCUCGUGGCCCCCCUCCCACCCCGUCCCGGCCGCGUCCGACGCCGCGCUGGCCGGCCUGGUGGACGCGUCCCGGCGCUGCGUGCGCGACCUCAGGACGUUCAUACGCGCGCCCCAGUACCCGUGGCGGAUGCCGCAGGGCGGCGAGGUGCACCCAUGCGUCGGCUUUUGGAUGGGCUACCUCCGCUGCAUGCUGCGCAACCGCAUGUCCCUCUACUUCGUCCUCGCCGGCGUCGACCACGACGGCAACGCCGACUCGCCGCUCGCGGCCGACGAGGGAGGCCUGGUGACAGAGCUGAUCUCGUGCCUGGAGGCCGUGCUGGAGGAGCAGUCCGCCGCGCUCGCAUUCCCAGGGCUGAGGCACAUCUUCAUGCUCAACAACACGAGCGCCAUCCUGCGCCGCGCCGUGCGCUCCGACCUCAGCAUGCUCCUGCCGCCCGGCUGGGUGCUCGCCCGCGAGGAGCGCAUGGAGGGCUACAUCAAGGCUUACCUGCAGGUUUCCUGGGGGACCGUCGUGUCGCGCCUUGACGGGAAGCCGAGAGCCCUGAACACCCUCCGGCGAAGGAACCCGCUGAGCGCAUUUUACCUGGCGUUGGAGAACGCGUGCAGCAUGCAGAGAGGCUGGAAGGUGCCCAGCCCGGCGCUGCGGGCCGCCCUCCGGAGUACCGUGUCGGGGAAUGUCGUACCGGCAUACCGUCGGUACCUCAACGACCACCCGGAGGUUGAGGUGCCGGCAGGGCGCACCGCGGAGGAGCUGGAGAAUCAGUUGUCGAAGCUGUUCGAGGGAUAG